AGCUGUGUGUCACAGCGUAGCGUAGCCGCUGGAGCUCCGCCGGUGGUGUUUUCAAGGGGAACUUGCCAUGGCUGCUCUUCUUUUUUUAUGCCUUUGGCCAUUUCUGGCUCACGCAGACUGGGCGUCAACGACGGUCGCCAACAAAAGCGCUGGAGAAGAGUUGAUCAUGCAGCUGGAGAACCGUUUGCAUCCGCAGAACUACACCCUCGAGAGCACUCACUUGGAAGACAUUCGAUCUUUCUUUUGGUGGGACGGUGAGCUGAAGGAAGAAGAUGAACUGAGAGCUACCAUCGACUCUGAGGUUCCCUUCGCAGUUCUCUUGGAAGCUCUUGCCGCCGACCACCCUUAUGACUUGCCGAUGAUCGUGUCCAGCGCUCAUCUAGGGUCUGAGGAGGAGCACAAAAACCACAAGCAUGUCAUGGCCAUUGCAGUGGUGAACGAAACCAAGCUGGAAGUGGCUCAUGGCUUGGCCAAGUCCAUCGUAGAGGUGAAAUUUGCCGCAUGUGCUCAGGUGGCACAGCUUCAAAUGAAAGACUCCGAAGUGGAGCACUUCACGAUCAUUUUAAAGACCUUGGCCGCAGCCAAGGACCAGAUUGAGGUUGAAUUUGGAGGCUUGCACUUCGACUUUCAUCCGAUCCAAGCCAACGAGCAAUACUUGAAGUGGAUUGAGGACAACACGGUCGUCCGUCCACAUGUGGCGGAGCUUUGACGCAGCUGGCCAUGCAUGAAAUUCGGAGAAGUCAAUGCUGAGAGAGACGAAACGUGGUGUUUGAGCGCUGGCCGUAGCUAAUGGAGCUAAAACCUGGUAGAGGUCUCACAAAAGCAAAG